AAACAUCACUUGACGUGUUUUUGGUAGGGUACCCGAAAUUGAACAACAAACCAACUGCUGGCCCUAUUUGAGUGUUUUUCAGGUGACAUUCGCGCUCGCAGAGGACGGAGCGGGGGGCUGCUGUGGGUGUGGUGUGCCCUGAUACAAGGCACGCUCCCGGGGAUGCGCUGAGCUCUCCUCACAUCCUCAGUAACAGACACAGACCAGUAGAAGAUGAGUAAAUCUCCCACACCAAAGGGCACUCCGGUGCAGAGGAGUCCCAGCGAUGGGCUCCCCGAGGGCCUACAGUCGCCCCAGUCUGACACCGGCCCCCAGCUGAAGAAACGCAUCUCCACCCUGCUCCAGAGUCCAUCAUUCAGAGAGGAGUUGGAUGGACUGAUCCAGGAGCAGAUGAAAAAGGGAGGCAGCUCAUCAAACCUUUGGGCUCUGAGGCAACUGGCAGACUUCAUGUCCUCACAUGGCUCUCCCUCCAGUCUGCCUGUAGCUCCAAACAACAUGAUGAUGGUGACUCCCAUAAAUGACCUGCAGAGCUGGGAGCCCGGACGCCUGGUGAAGGGAGAGCGACUGAUGAGAUGUAAACUGGCCUCUGUGCAUCGACUGUUUGACCUCUAUGGCUGGGCUCAGCUCCGCCACACCUGCCUCACGCUGCGUGUAAGUAAGGAGCAGGAACAUUUCCUGGUGCUUCCUGAUGGUCUCGCCUAUAGUGAAGUCACUGGCUCCAGUCUGGUGAAAGUGAACCUUCUGGGCGAGGUGGUGGAGAGAGGCAGUACAAACCUGGGUGUGGAUUUGGAGAAGUUCAGUCUUCAUUCAGCCAUUUACUCAGCUCGACCUGAUGUGCGCUGCCUGCUCCACAUUCAGACCCCAGCUACAGCAGCAGUGUCCAACAUGAAAUCAGGGCUGCUGUCUCUUUCUCACGAGGCUCUGUUGGUCGGGGAAGUGGCUUAUUACGAUUACAAUGGAGUUAUGGAGCAGGAGGAGGACAGAGUGGAGCUGCAGAAAAGCCUGGGACCCACCUGCAAAGUGCUUGUGCUAAGAAACCAUGGCAUCGUGGCUCUAGGGGAGACUGUGGAGGAGGCCUUCUACUCUAUCUAUCACAUACAGGCAGCAUGUCAAAUACAGGUGUCAGCAUUGUGUUGCUCUGGGGGGGAGCAGAACCUGAUCCUGUUGGACAGGAGCGCUCAUAGACCUGCUCCGGCCGGGACCGUGGGCUGGGCCGGCUCCACCUUUGGCCCCAUGAGCAAGAGCCGCACUGGGGAGCAUGAGUUUGAGGCGUUGAUGAGGACCCUGGACAACCUGGGCUACCGUACUGGCUACACAUACCGCUUCCCCCUGUUGUUGGAGAGGUCCCGGAUGAGGCGAGAUGUGGAGGUGCCGGCCACAGUCACGGCGUUUUACCCAUUCGAUGAAGACGGGGGGCACCCAACUCUGAGGCAGCAUCCUUUUGUCAACAAGCAACAGCAGGAGAGGACGCGCUGGCUCAACACUCCAAACAUCUACCAGAAGGUCAGCCAGGAGCAGGCCAGCCCCGGACACCAACGCACAGUGUGGAUGAAAACUGAUGAGAUUAACCAAGCUGGCAGCACGCCCAUCAAAAUCGAAAAUCCCAACCAAUUUGUGCCUCUUUUUACCAACCCACGGGAGGUGAUUGAGACACGAAACAAGAUUCGACAACAAAAUCGUCAGGACAUGAAGACAGCAGGUCCACAGUCCCAAGUCCUCGCCAGCGUCAUAAAUGAAGACAGCCCUCCGUCUCCAGUGAGUCCGCCUCCUCUCCCUCCUGAACCUGAGCCUCCAAACCCCUUUAAUGAGCUCACAGACCAAGAGCUGGAGGAGUAUCGCCAGGAGGUACAGAGGAAGCAGCACUCUGGCACCAAUGGGGAGGAUGUGGAGUCUUCCCCUGCCACCUCCCCUACAAAGGUGCUCUCCCCCAGCCAGUCCCCUCUGUCAGAAGAACCCAAGACUGAUGACGCGGUGCUCCAAAAUGGCGGCGAGGAGGAGAAGCAGACAACGGAGGAGCUGGAGAAAGGCAUGAAGGCUCUGACCACCAACGACACUUCCACGACCCCCACCUCGCCUCCCGCCAAACUGCAAGGCAACACCCCUGAGGGAUCGCCGUCCAAGUCCCCCUCCAAGAAGAAAAAGAAGUUCAAGCCACCGUCUUUCCUGAAAAAGAGCAAAAAGCAAAAGGAAAAGGUCGAGAGUUGAGGUGGUCAUGACGCAGCCCCUUGGUUAAAUACUACUGUGAAACAGUUUAUUUACUGUUUAAGCCAAUGGUGCAUUCAAAUCAAAUCAUGCAAAAUUAACUGUAACACUCUUGGACGCUAAAUAAAUCAGUUUCAGAUUGUACUAUUUGACCAAGGCUGAACACAACACAUCACUUCUCUUCACUGUCAGUCUUGCUUUGGUCACUGUAUAGCCAUUAUUAGUCAUUUUAUUUUUAAUAUAGGAUUACUAGUAUGAUCCUGUGCACUUCUUAUCACACCACAUUACAUAAAUUUUAACCAAAUUUCCAGGAUAACAUUGAAUUAUGCACCCGUUCACAUGAAUAACUUUUGACAUAAUGUAUAUCGACAUUGCAUUUCCAUCUUUGUCAUAGCCUGGGUCGACACUAGAUGUUGCAGACACAGAGGCAGAAUGUGUUACUUCUAGCUAAUGAUUGUGCUCUUUGGAAUUUGAAUGCCAAUUUUGUGGAAAAAUACAGCUAUUGAUGUUUUUACAGCAGGGGAAAUGUUAGGUAAAUAUAUACUGAUCAGGUUUAAGAUUAUGACUAACACAGAGUCUAUCAGUCAAAGCGUCUCCAACAUUGCAAGGCUGUUCUGGAUCCUGCAGUUGUGUAAAUUUGUAGUCGUAAUGUUAUGCCUGAUUGUAUAGCCUACAAAUAACACUGGCUCUCACUAAAUCACUUCACGCUAUCAGUGCUAAUGUAUUACCAAAAAUAUGAUGAAGAGAUCUGUCGCUUGUCAAUGCCGUUGCAGUAAUAGAAGAAACUACAGACUGUACUAAACAUUCCACUAAUUUUACUUCCAAUGUAUGUCUGCAAAAUACCUCUUAACAGUUGUUUUGUGUUUACCAAUAUCUGUUAAUGAAAUGCUGAUGUGUGAUGUUUGCUUAUGAGUUUAUUUAUUUUUAUUAGGAAUGUUAAAGGGAGUGUUGAAAGUUUCCAUGUACCAGUCAUUAAAGCUCAAGUUUGAUUUCAA